AUGACGGUGUACCGCGCGGUGGCAAGGACGGGUCACGGCGCGGGCCCAUCGACUGAGGUCGACCUGGAGGGAACAAACAAGCGCCACUUCCUGGACCUCCUGAACAGGACGUGGUCCGCUGCCGACGUGCCUGCCUCCUGGAAGGUAGCGGAGAUAGUGGCGAUCCCGAAGAAGGGAAAGCCGCCGUCGGAACUGUCCUCCUAUCGCCCCAUCAGCCUACUGAGCAGCACCAGUAAGCUGGCGGAGCGGCUGGUGCAGGGGAGGCUGCAGCACUGGCUCGAAACCAGCGGGAAACUAAACCGAAACCAGGCGGGCUUCAGACGCGGCCACUCCACGAUGGACCAGAUCGGACGGAUUACCCAGCAGACCUUCGACGCCUUCGAGCAGAAGCCACCACACAGGGCCGUGCUUGUCCUCCUGGACUUCGCUCGCGCCUAUGACCGGGUCUGGAGGGCAGCCCUCUUCUGCAAGAUGGCGCGACUGGGCAUCCCCGGCUGUGUGAUCCGCUGGAUCAAGGCCCUGCUCUCCGACCGCCGUGCUAGAGUCCGAUGGGGAACUGCCCAGUCGGACUCGCGUGUCUUCAAGGAGGGCCUCCCGCAAGGUAGUGUCUUGGCACCCCUCCUAUGGCUCAUCUACGUCAAUGACAUCGACGAGGGCCUACCGGAGGGCGUGUCGCGAUCCCUGUUCGCGGACGACGUGGCGCUACUGGCCGACGCCCGCACGCCGGAAGAGUGCGACGCCCACCUCCAGCCGUGUCUGGACAGCAUCGGCGCUUGGCUGACGCGGUGGAAGGUGACGCCCAGCGUCUCCAAGUGCACGAGCACCCUCUUCUCGCUCGACCCCAAACAACAGAGAGGAAGAGUCCGGCCAAAUCUGAAGCUCCACGGACAGGAGAUCACCGCCACCGAACACCCGACCUUCCUCGGCAUCAAGUUCGAUCCGCAGCUGACCUUUGCUGAACACGUCUCCGAUCUGAAGGCGAAGAUGGCCCGACGACGACGAUGUCUGCAGGCGAUGGCAGGAAAGACAUGGGGCAGCCACCGUCGCACUCUCCGGACCGCCUACAUCGGCUACGUGCGAGCGCUGUUUGACUACGGCGCCGCCGUAGUUGGCACACAUGCAGCGCCGUCCGUCAGGGAGCGACUGGAGGCCGAACAGAACAAGUGUGCUCGCCUCAUCACCGGCUGCAUCCGUCUGACUCGCACGGACGCCCUGCUCGCCGAAGCCGACCUCCCGCCACUGUCGUUGCGCGCGAAGCAGCUGGCCGGACAGGAGUGCCAGCGCCUCGCCAGACUCCCCGCACUCGAUCCUGCCAGGACCCUCCUGGAGAAGGAGGUGCGGUCCCGGCUGGAGUACCGAGCCCACCUGGCCUGGCGGAGAGACUGCACGCAGGCAGAGGCGGCGCGGAGGCCGCCACCGAAGCCGCCCGACGAGGACGCGGUGCUCACCAAGAAGCCGUGUCUCAGGCGGGUGGGCCGGUGGAUCGCCGACGAAGCCGGGCUAAAGCAGCUGCCGACUGAACCACUGGCGUUGUACCAGUGCCGGCCGCCCUGGACAGUGGAGAGGACCCCCGCCCACUUUGUGGUGGACCUGCCCGCGCCCACGCGUCGCACAGACCCCCCCGACAAGCGCAGAGAGGCGGCGCUCCGGGCCAUAGAGCUCCUGCCGCCCGCAGACGUCACCAUCUGGUCGGACGGGUCGGCGAGAGAGGGGACGACAUGUGGCGGCGCGGGCGCGCUGAUCCAGCUCCACUGCCUUGGCCGUGAGGAACGUAUCAGGGCCCCGGCCGGCGCAGUGUGCAGCAGCCUGCGUGCCGAGCUUACCGCCAUCGGGGAAGCACUGGCUGUGAUAACCUCUCUACCUGAAGAAGACCGGGAGUCCGUCCGCGCAGUCCGCCUUCUAACCGACUCCAAGUCCGGCCUGCAGCAGCUCCAGAGGGGACCGGCCGGCCAGGUGACCGCCCUGGCCGCCGACAUCUGGGAGUGCCUACACACCCUCAGCGAGCGUGGCACCACCGUCACCUUCCAGUGGGUGCCGGGGCAUGCUGGCCUGGACGGAAACGAACACGCCGACCAGCUGGCCGGCGAAGCGGCCGCUGCGGAGCAGCCGGACGUCCAGAUCGACUUCGCCAGCGCCAGAAGCGCGAUCGGGCGCCGGGUGGGGACGAUGGUCGACGCGAGAACAAGAGCGUCCCAUCCCCACCCGGCGCCCACACCGGGCCACAACGACCUGUCCCGCUGGGAGGCAUGUACCCUCUCCCAGCUGCGGACGGGCGCAUCGCCGCUCACGCGGGACGUCGCCCACCGCCUAGGCCUGGCGGUGGACGCGGCUUGCCCUGCGUGCGGCGAGCCGGACAGCGCGGCCCACCUGCUGACCGACUGUCCGGCCUACGAGGCUGCGCGGCGCCGCCGCUGGGGACUCAACCCGAGCCUGGGGGACGUCCUCGGCGGACCGGCGCCGUUGGUGAUUGAAUUCAUCCGGGCUGUCGGGCGGACCGACCCUCCGGUCGACCCGCCUGCGCCGUCGUCCCCCUAG